CAAUCAAAACUUACGUUGUUGACUUUUCCUGGCCCCGCUUUCAAAUAAACCGACGGUUCCUAAUUAAUCAAUCAAUUUUAUUUUUUACUUCGCUGCAAAAUUCCUCCUCAGCACCAUCAUGCUCCAACCCGAUCGUGCGAUUCAGAAAAAUUCCGACAUCGUCCCCGGAGACGACGGAGCUAAGCUUCAGUAACUCGUCGUUUUUUUAUUGAACUCAGUCGUUUAAGCAAAAAGCUAAGCUUACGAUUGUUUUGGUUUUGAAAGGAAGUUUGUUAGAAUAGUCUAACUAAAUUAUAUAUAAUGUAUAUGGAGUUCCCGUUGACAUUUCGGGCUCUGAGCUCGGCGGCGACGACGACGUUUCAGGGGUGUAAAUGUGGAGUUAGUUUACGUGACUUGACAGGUGUGAGUAUGAAGAGAAGGAAGAGGAAGAAAUUGGAUAUGGUCAGGGGAGCUCAGGUUAGAGUGGUGAGGGUCAAUGCUAUGGCGGAGAGCGGCGGCGGGCGGGAGGCGGUGGAAGGUGGAGCUGAAAGAGAGAGCAGCGCUGCUGGCCGUUUCACCUCCAGCUCAGCUAUGGAGGUGACUUCGUUCAAUCAGAGCUUCGCGCGUGAAACGGAGUUUCCGGUUUGGGAGAAGAUUGGAGCGGUGGUUAGGCUCAGUUAUGGAAUUGGGAUAUAUGUUGCAAUGGCACUAGCUGGAAGAUUUAUAUGCUCCAUUUCUGGGAUUGAUUGCACUGGAGGAUUUGACCCUUCCCUUGACGCGAUCGUAGAAGGAUUGGGAUAUGCUGCUCCUCCAAUUAUGGCACUUCUUUUUAUCCUUGAUGAUGAGGUUGUGAAGUUAUCACCUCAUGCACGUGCCAUUAGGGAUGUCGAGGAUGAGGAAUUACGAAGCUUCUUUUACGGCAUGUCACCAUGGCAGUUUAUUUUGAUGGUUGCUGCAAGCUCUGUCGGGGAAGAGCUUUUCUAUCGUGCUGCUGUGCAGGGAGCCUUGGCUGAUAUAUUUUUAAGGGGCACUGAUUUGGUGGCAGAUGCUCGUGGAAUGGCAUCAGUGGCUGGUGUGCUUCCACCAUUUGUCCCAUUCGCUCAGGCAUUUGCUGCAGUCAUAACAGCUGCUCUUACAGGUUCUCUGUAUUAUGUUGCUGCGUCUCCUAAAGAUCCCACUUACGUCAUUGCACCAGUGCUACGAUCUCGUUCUGGACGUGAAGACCUAAAGAAGUUGUUUGCAGGUAUGCCUCUUGUUUUCUUGUAAAGCGUGUUGUGUCAUUUUCGCACAUGACCUUACUGUUCAUUUCCGCACAAUGGCAUCCAAAAUUCUAUAAUAUGACAUGUUACAGUCUGGACACAAAUUAGAAAAUAGCCACUUCUCAGAGGCUAAAAUUAAUGUCAUAACACUUGAUCGUGAAUCUGCACCAAUAUGGGUGAAUACCUUAGCAAUAAGCUUUUCUGGUGAAUCGGAUACUCUCUCAAAAGAAACUGAAACUUCUCAAUCUGGCAUUUAUCAUUGCAAUCUCACUCUCAAAUCUAGUGUCCUGACCUUUUUCUAUAUACUAUGACUCUGGAGUUUACUACAUUUUUUCAUCACUUAACUCUGGAGCAAACAAUCCUUGAUUGCUUCAUUGCAAUUGCUUUUAAGUACUUUGGUUUCACACUGGACUAUGAAUGUCAAUUGACGAUAUUAAACAUGGGACAGCCUGGUACGAGAGGAGGCAGAUGAAAAAGAUCUAUUCACCCUUACUGGAAGCAAUUCUUGCUCUUUACCUAGGAUUCGAGUGGAUUCAGGUAAUUCAGUCCUUCAAUUUUACCGUCUGGUGAACUAGUUUUUGAGUUAUAGAAAAUGACUGACAUUAUUGUUUCUUCCAUGCCUGUGACAGACAAAUAACAUUUUCGCUCCCAUCCUCACUCAUGGAAUCUACUCUGCCGUGAUCUUGGGACACGGCCUUUGGAAAAUAAAUGAACAUCGAAGAAAGUUACGUCAAAGAGUUCAACAGCUCAAACUAGAAGAGAAAAGUUCACGAAAAAUGUGAGUCACAUUGAAACAGCAUAUAGAUAGAUACUUAGUGCGGAAACUUGUAUAUCUGAUUAGAGUCCUUUACGACCUUUAGUCUUACAUGUAAAGUCAAUCAUAAGAUCCAUAUACUUGUUUUUGAUAAAAUCCAAACAAAAAUAUCCUGAAAUCGCCUGUAAAUGUUUAGUUUAUUGCCUUUUGGAUCAAGUAGGUUAAGGAAACUUGUAUAUUUAAGGGAUACUGGAACAAAGAACAAGUACAUUUCACUUUUUGAAGUUGUUUGAUUUUCGUUUCUGGGAAGGGGCAGAUUACACUAAGGUCUAAUUUAAAGGCAGCUCAGCUACUAUCAACUAUGGAGGACGCAGUUUUCAAAAAAAAAAAACUAUGGAGGACGCAUCAUUCUGGGCAGCCUUGUAUUUGACAUAGAUGCAGGCCUCUUGUUUUGUGACAGAGUCCCUAGUUGAAUUAAGUUGCUACUGAACUCAUCAUUCUGGCCAGACAGUAUUUGAGAGACUUGUCAAAUUACUUUUUAUCUACUCAUUCUGGAUUAUGUAUUA